CCUCUUCUCCCCCAGCCUGCAUGCAGUUUGGUAUUAAAAUGUUUUCAGUACCAACCAUUGUGUUGGUGUACAUUUGACAUGGCAGCUACACGUUGAGCUGUUUUUUUUUUUCUGUUCCAAAUUAAACCUCCCAUCAAAACCAGGGGCGAACGAGACGAACGUGGAAGAACGUCACAGCUGUCAUUUUUGACUCUGUUUUUGAAAAGUGAAGCUAACAUUCGCGAGCUGGUCUGACUGCGACGAGGCCGCAACCGGACGGGAACACGGGGAAAGCCAUGGCCAACAUCGCAGUUCAGAGGAUAAAACGGGAAUUCAAGGAAGUCCUCAAAAGCGAAGAGACGAGCAAAAACCAGAUAAAAAUAGACCUGGUGGAUGAGAAUUUUACAGAACUUAAAGGGGAGAUAGCAGGGCCUCCUGACACACCAUAUGAAGGUGGUAGAUAUCAACUAGAAAUAAAAAUUCCAGAAACGUAUCCAUUCAAUCCACCCAAGGUGCGGUUUAUCACAAAGAUCUGGCAUCCAAAUAUCAGUUCAGUCACAGGUGCAAUAUGUCUGGACAUUCUCAAAGAUCAGUGGGCAGCAGCCAUGACACUGAGGACGGUUCUGUUGUCAUUACAAGCUUUACUGGCAGCCGCAGAACCAGAUGAUCCACAGGAUGCAGUGGUAGCCAAUCAGUACAAGCAGAAUCCAGAGAUGUUUAAACAGACAGCGAGACUCUGGUCUCACGUCUACGCAGGCGCUCCCGUCUCCAGUCCGGAGUACACACGCAAAAUAGACAAACUCUGUGCCAUGGGCUUUGAAAAAAAUGCAGUUAUAGUGGCGUUGUCGUCGAAAUCCUGGGAUGUGGAGACGUCGACAGAGCUCCUGCUCAGCAACUGAAUUCUGACGGCCUCUUCAGUCUCCUGAUUCCAUCUCUCUCAACACAAACACACUCACUCUCCUCCAAACUCCUGCUGUGUGAAGGCGUGUCUUGCUCGAUCCUACCCCCCUGUUUUACAAUGGACACACUCCACCACUUCUCCAUCCUCCCUUUAAUCCUGUCUGUGUGACGUUUCCCGUCACCCCUGCUGCACCACACUUCAAUCUUCUGCUGUCAGCUCUAUUUUUUCAAGUUCAUUCAACAUUCCACCCAGUGCUUGAAUCUGAAAUCCAACCUCAUCUUACCCUCUUCUGAAGCAAACUAGACUUAAGUCUUCACCCGCAUCUCUCACCGUUUCUCCCAGAUUUCUGGCUUUGUCCAAAAAGCGGCUGUCAGCGGCGCACCUUUGCCUAUGCAGUGCAUUUUUUUUAAUUUCUGAAAACCUUUUUGUUGAAGAGAACCCUUUCAGGGCUUUUUUUUUUCACACCUGGUUCUCAUUCAAAACACUUUGGGCCUGUUUUCAAAAUGGGGAUUAAGUCACGUCCUAAACUUUUAAAUUAGGGUUUAUGUAUUUUUUUUUUAAAGCUCUAUAAACUAAAUUCACUCACUCAUUUGUAAUGAGGUUACUCUUUACCAGAACAGGUCACCAUAGUUUGAAAGAGUUUUCUGACAUCGACGCAAGAUGCUGAUUAUUGAACAUAUCUUGCUAGCAAAGUAUUGCAUUGUGAGCAUAGUACAGUUUUAGGUAAAAUAAGUAUCAAAAGAAGAAAAAACACCUUUUUGUGCUGUUAUGCAUGAAUUGAGCAUGUAUUGUAGUGCAUUAUCUAGGUCGGCUUAUUCUUUGUUCUGGAAAGCGGCUCAUAAGUGUCUUUAAGGUGUUCGCACAGUAGCCAUCAUCAUCAUCCCGUUUUCCCCUCAGCUGUCAACAGCUCCUGCAGGAGAUCCCCACCUCCCUUUGCCACAUGUGGCUCGACAUGGCUUCCUUCACCUGUUCUUCUCCCUCACAUUAAAAAAAACCCAACUUUUAUUUGGUUUAGGCCUCCAACAGGGAUACAUUUGAAUUCUUGUUUUUUAAACCCUAAAGAAAACAAAGAAAAACGAUGUUCUGUAGUAACACAACCUGUGACAAGUCUGGAAAAAUGUUGCAUCACCUUUAAUUAAAUCAUCAGAUAAAAUGUCAAUGAUUCAUCUGUAAAUACAAAGAUUAAAGUCUGUGUAAAUUAAUU